AUGGUUGCCGCCGUGGCCGCUGCGAGGACGGAUGCCGCGGCGCGUUGCCUGGCGGCCGCUGCCGAGGAGGCCAGUGCAGACGCCGCGUCUGCGACGCUGGCGGUGCGCUCCCGAUCCCCCUCCGGCCCGCGCAGCCCUGGUGGCACGCGGCAGCAGGGUGACCCGGCUGCCACGGUUGCCGCGGUGGCCGCUGCGAGGACGGAUGCCGCGGCGCGUUGCCAGGCGGCCGCUGCCGAGGAGGCCAGUGCAGACGCCGCGUCCGCCACGCUGGCGGUGCGCUCCCGAUCCCCCUCCGGCUCGCGCAGCCCGGGUGGCACACGGCAGCAAGGUGAUCCGGCUGCCAUGGUUGCCGCCGUGGCCGCUGCGAGGACGGAUGCCGCGGCGCGUUGCCUGGCGGCCGCUGCCGAGGAGGCCAGUGCAGACGCCGCGUCUGCGACGCUGGCGGUGCGCUCCCGAUCCCCCUCCGGCCCGCGCAGCCCUGGUGGCACGCGGCAGCAGGGUGACCCGGCUGCCACGGUUGCCGCCGUGGCCGCUGCGAGGACGGAUGCCGCGGCGCGUUGCCAGGCGGCCGCUGCCGAGGAGGCCAGUGCAGACGCCGCGUCCGCCACGCUGGCGGUGCGCUCCCGAUCCCCCUCCGGCUCGCGCACCCGGGUGCCACACGGCGGACACGGCAGCAUGGAGACCCGGUUGCCACGGUUGCCGCCGUGGCCGUUGUGA